AUGUCGAAGGGACAGAAAGACAGUCCGCCUGGCACAAUGCACAGGCCUGAGACUGGCUCUCCCUCUAACCCAAUCAACGUAGAUGACAAUGCAGCCAUGAUUGAUCAGUUGUACACAGGAACGUACAACCUGGGAGAUGACGAUCCAACCACUCCCCAAUCCGACACCUCAUCCAACACCCGACGAAGAUACCAUAAAGGUGUUCGUAACAACGCUCCAUACUGCCAAAACUGCGGUUGGAGCGAUGAUCGCACAUACUAUUGCGAAGCCUACUAUUGCCCCGACUGUGACCGUCAUGCACCGGGACGUAGUUUCAAUUGGUGUCCCAUCCGCAGGGAAGACGAGGAUAGGAUUCUGAUGGAAGGAUUACAUGGAGAUGUCAGCUACGACAACAGUUACAAUAUGGACAGCAAAGGUACCGAAUUUCGGUGA